AAAACAUUGAUUUCUGUUGAGUGAGCAACGCGGUAUGAAAUCGUUAAAUUCUUGUUUUUUUUGAUGGAGUUGCCCUGCCCCAUGACUGAGCGUGAAAACAAACAGACAGAGCAUGCAAAAACACGGAUAGAUGAUGAGAUAGAUAGCCAUCCCAACAAACAGACAGAGGAACCGAAACUAACCACAGAACAAAAAAUAGAAAAGAUAAUAACGUACUUUGAUACCAAAAAAAUAAGAAGGAAGCGCUUUAGAAAAAGUAUUUGCUAUCUGAAGCGGUUGCCAAGUGCUGUUGAUGAAAACUUGGAUAUGGUGUUUGUCAAUAUUUUCAAGCUGAAGUUAUCGGAUGAUGAGAAAUGCUACUUAUACACCAAUAUGGUCGAUUUGAUAUUCUUGAUGGAUGAGCCUAAGAUACUUGCCGACCAGAUAUACGCAGACGCUUCAUCAAACCAAAGAUGCUCCUUUCUAGCCUGCAAAUGCCUGUUCAUACUCUUAACAGAGUAUAAUUUUUAUUGUUCAGAUUUUCUGAACAUAUUCUUGGGUUAUUUUGACCAACAAAUCACAAAUAACACCGAUGAAAUGUGCGAUUUUGUUAUUCAAAUUGUAAAUCGGAUGUGUCUCUCGUUUGCUGAUGCUAGCAGGCUGGUAAAUGCAAUGAAACAGCACUUAUUAUCAUUUUCGUCUGGUAAGACGUACGUUAUUUUGAAUGCGAUGUGUUUUUUGAUGAAAAAACACGUUCUACUGCACGAGAAAUUGGUGAAAAACAACAAAUUUUGGGAACUCGAUGUUCUGGAGCACUCCAUCGAACCGAUAAAAUGUUUAGCACAGGCCGUAAAGUACAACAAGGCGCACAAUUUCCAGUUAAAUUAUGAUGAAGAGGUGGAGCGUGUCUUCAAUAAAUAGAUGC